GCGGAACCUGAGCGGGGCGGACGGGUGAGCGGGCUGGGCGUCUUCGUGCAGCGCCGCUAAGGGCGCUGCCCCGCGCGCCCCCAGGGACCUGGCCCUCGGGAGGUUCAAUACCUGGGGCCGAAGAGCCGGGACUGGCCGUCGAGGUGCAAGGUUGGCGCCUGCGGUCCGGGGGCAGAGGCCUGGGUCGAGCCGAGAUCUCGGGUUGCCACCCGUCCCCGCUUCGGACCCUGACGUGGGCGAGGCGGCCCUGGGAGCAUGAGCGGGCAGCGCGUGGACGUGAAGGUGGUGAUGCUGGGCAAGGAGUACGUGGGCAAGACGAGCCUGGUGGAGCGAUACGUGCACGACCGCUUCCUGGUGGGGCCCUAUCAGAACACCAUCGGGGCGGCCUUCGUGGCCAAGGUGAUGUCCGUCGGAGACCGGACAGUGACUUUGGGUAUUUGGGACACAGCAGGCUCUGAGCGUUACGAGGCCAUGAGCAGAAUCUACUACCGGGGUGCCAAGGCUGCCAUCGUGUGCUAUGAUCUCACAGACAGCAGCAGCUUUGAGAGAGCAAAGUUCUGGGUGAAGGAACUCCGAAGCCUAGAAGAGGGCUGUCAAAUCUACCUGUGUGGCACCAAGAGUGACCUGUUGGAGGAGGAUCGGCGCCGGCGCCGUGUGGACUUCCAUGAUGUUCAGGACUAUGCAGACAGUAUAUUGCUCCUCGAUCCCAAUGGGAUAUCAAAGCUCAGCUCUUUGAAACAUCUAGCAAGACUGGCCAGAGUGUGGACGAGCUCUUCCAGAAAGUGGCCGAGGAUUACGUCAGUGUGGCUGCCUUCCAGGUGAUGACAGAGGACAAGGGUGUGGACCUGGGCCAGAAGGCAAACCCCUACUUCUACAGCUGUUGUCACCACUGAGUCACCACCCACCUGGCCUGGGGAAUUAAAUCAAUUCCUGAGGGACUGGGCCCAGCUCAUCUGGGCUUGGGUGGUCAAGUCUGAGCUACCCCAGGUUCCCAUGGCAGCAGAGGUGGCACCUGCCUGUGCUGGCCCCUGGAAUGGAGGCAGCAUUGGGCUGACUGAUGGAAAUGAGGCAGGAAGAGGGCCGACAUGAUGGACCCCAGGCAUCAGCCCCGGACAGCACGUGUCUGCGGAUUACUGAAGUGGCUUCUGACUUGUAAAUAAAAUCAAUGCACUGUGAA